CUCAUACCCCCCACUCGGAAACUCACUCCUUUAUUUUGAGCGCUCUUCUCUCUCUCUCUCUCUCUCUCUCUCUCUCGCAAUGUGCGCUUUCAAUUUGACGCUCGUCUCUCUCGAAAACCCCCAAUUCAAUACACAAUAAUAAAUCUGGUUUUCUAGGGUUUUCAGGAUCAAUUUCGAUCGAGCAAAGCUUGUUUAUGGCUUCGAGUUCUCACCAUCAUGGUUAAAGCUCCAUCUCGUUGUUAUUCGUACCCGAACGUGUUGUUGAUGGCGGCGCCGAGGAAUCUGGUGGUGGAGGGAGGGCGAUUGAAGGACGAAGAGAAUGCGGAGGACUCACCCACGAGCAAGAAGCCGAUUGGGGCCAAAUUGGAGACCAAAUUCCCGCUGAGUCGGUGGGAAUUCGCGGCUGCUUUGGGUGUGUUUUUGAUCUUCUCCACGGGCCUUUCCUGCGUAUACUUGACAAUGCCUGCUGCGGAGUACAGUCAACUUAAGCUUCCCCGCAACAUUUCAGAUCUGCGAGCGCUCAAAGAUCACCUUGCAACAUAUGCUAAAGCUUACCCAGCAGAAUUCAUUCUGGGUUACUGCUCAACUUACAUAUUCAUGCAGACAUUUAUGAUUCCUGGCACCAUUUUCAUGUCGCUGCUGGCUGGAGCACUUUUUGGUGUGAUCAAAGGCCUUUUCUUAGUUGUCUUUAACGCCACAGCUGGAGCAUCAUCCUGCUAUUUUCUGUCUAAGUUAAUUGGAAGGCCUAUAGUUAACUGGAUGUGGCCUGAAAAGUUGAGAUAUUUCCAGGCAGAGAUAUCAAAGCGCAGGGAAAAGCUGCUGAAUUACAUGCUUUUUUUGAGGAUAACCCCUACCUUGCCCAACCUAUUCAUCAAUUUGGCAUCUCCAAUUGUGGAUAUACCGUUUCAUGUUUUCUUUCUAGCAACAGUAAUUGGUCUUAUUCCAGCCUCCUAUAUUACCGUGAGAGCUGGCCUUGCUCUGGGGGAUUUGAAGUCAGUCAAAGAUCUAUACGAUUUUAAAACAUUGUCCGUGCUUUUCCUUAUUGGAUCUAUCUCUAUAGUUCCUACUCUCUUGAAGAAGAAGCGAGUAUACGAAUAAGUUGUGUUGCCGGGCUCCCUUGUAAUCCUCUUAACUGUGGGGAGCAGAAUGUAGUGACUAUUCUUGACCAUUUUGCACAGUAUAGUACUUGGGAAGUAAUUGAGGGGCAAAAAUGCCCUUGAUUGAUACAAUCUCUACCAGCAGGCAAGAGGUUCAUCUUUGCUGCUUGUACACAAGGUCGAAAGAAAGAGUAUUCCUUCACAGAUUUGUGCCUGUAUAUUUAUUAAUCAACAUCCCUUUGUUGGGAUUGUCUUCAACUUGGGGCAUUAAAUCUUCAAUUGUUUAGGUAU